GGUUUUUGGAGCUCACCAGCCCAAGUGACCUGCACUCUCGUUCACCAUCAUUAGCCCAGUCCAUAGUUGCAGCAUGAUGCAGACGAUCGCUAAGCGCUCGGCCACCGCAGCCAAGGCCAACGCGCGUCGCGCCUUCUCGAACGCCGCCGCCGCCGAGGCUGGCAAGGAGCGCCUCGUGCUCUUCGACACGACGCUGCGCGACGGGGAACAGUCACCCGGCGCUACGCUUAACUUCAAAGAGAAGCUGGACAUCGCUCGUGCUUUGAGCACGCUGGGCGUGGACGUGUGCGAGGCUGGAUUCCCCAUCUCGUCUCCGGGUGACUUUGACGCCGUGUCAGCCAUUGCCAAGGAGAUUGGCCCCAUCACAGCCGGCCGUCCUACGGGCGAGCCCAUGACUAUCUGUGGUCUUGCUCGCGCUAUGGAGAAAGACAUUCAGCGCUGCUACGACGCUGUUAAACACGCGCCCAAGCACCGCAUUCACACAUUCCUGGCCACGUCCGACAUUCACCUCCAGUACAAGCUUAAGAUCUCGCGUGAUGAGUGCAUUCGUCGUGCUGUGGACGCCUGA